AUGGCAUCGCCUGCCACUGAGAAGGAGAUUUCUCCUCAUCAGGAUGGUGUCGAGAUCCAGACGUCCAAAGAUGCCACCACGGGAGGUGUCGUGGACGUCGACGGCGAAGGAGACGAAGAGUUCUCCAAGGGCCGCCGUGGCAUUAAGCUGUAUCCCAAGGCCAUUGCAUGGAGCAUGAUCAUCUCCACAUGCAUUGUCAUGGAAGGCUACGAUAUCAGUUUGGUCAACAACUUUUACGCAUUUCCUCAAUUCAAUGAGAAAUACGGUGAGCUGUAUCCCGACGGCAAAUAUCAAGUUCCCGCCAGGUGGCAGUCUGGCUUGAGUAACGGCGCCACCGUCGGUGAAAUCAUUGGUCUCUUCAUCAACGGCUUCGUCUCCGAGAGAUUCGGCUACAGGAAAACUGUAAUGGGAUGUCUCGUCUUGGUCGCCGCUUUCACUGCCAUCUUCUUCACCGCACCCAACAUUCAGACGCUGCUGGUCGCCGAGAUCCUGUGCGGUAUCCCCUGGGGUAUCUUCCAAACCAUCACCGUCACUUACGCCUCCGAAGUCUGCCCCGUUGCGCUGCGAGGAUAUCUCACCACCUAUGUCAACUUCUGCUGGGGUCUCGGCCAAGAGAUUGGCAUUGGCGUCAUCUUUGCCAUGUUGAAGCGCAACGACCAGUGGGCCUACCGUAUUCCCUAUGGUCUGCAGUGGAUGUGGCCCCUCCCGCUCUUCAUCGCCAUCUACUUUGCCCCGGAAUCUCCCUGGUGGCUUGUCCGCCGGGGCAAGGCUGAGGAGGCUAAGCGGGCGCUGCUCCGCUUGACCAGCCUGAACCGCGAGACCGACUUUGACGCUGACGAGACUGUGGCCAUGAUGGUGCACACGACUGCCCUCGAGGAGAAGAUUACCGCCGGUGCCUCGUACUGGGACUGCUUCAAGGGCGUUGACCGGCGCCGUACCGAGAUUGUCUGCAUGACCUGGGCCAUUCAGAAUCUGAGCGGCAACGCUUUCUCCAACUAUUCCACCUACUUUUUGCAGCAGGCCGGUCUCUCUACCCAUGACUCUUACGGAUUCGCCUUGGGCCAGUACGCCAUCAACAUGGUCGGCGUCUUUGGCGCAUGGGGCUUGAUGACGAUGGGCGUCGGCCGCCGCUCUCUGUAUCUCUACGGACUCUGCGGCCUCUGCAGCAUGCUGUUCAUCCUGGGUUUCUUGGGUCUGGUACCGGAGUCGCACAGGAGAGAAGGCUCCCUCGCCACCGGAAGCAUCAUGGUUGUCUGGGCCCUCUUUUACCAGCUCACCGUCGGCACCGUGUGCUACUCCCUCGUUGGUGAGCUUUCAUCGCGUAGACUGCAGAUCAAGACGGUUGUGCUGGCACGAAACCUCUAUAACAUCGUCGGCAUCAUCACCAACGUUCUGACGCCAUACAUGCUGAACCCCACAGCCUGGAACUGGAGCAACUACACCGGAUUCUUCUGGGGUGGAAUUUGCUUCUGCUGCAUCAUCUACACCUACUUCCGCCUCCCUGAGCCGCGCGGCCGCACAUUCGCCGAACUCGACGUCCUCUUCGAGAAGAAGAUUAGCGCCCGAAAGUUUGCUUCUACAAAGGUAGACGUGUUCCACGAAUCUAUCGAUGAGAAGGUGAUGCAUCAAUACGAUGGAAUCAUGGAGUCGCAUAUUGAAAAGGUUUAA